AUGAGUUCAACGCUCGGUCAGGUAUCGUUACUGGCAGUACGAAGUCAUCAGCUAAUUGUCAUUUUAUCGUAUGCGUUAUUGACUUUUCUGGAAUUUUGCAAGUGUAGCAGUGGUGGCGGCGACUUCAUCUAUCCAGACAGCAUGAAUUGUGUUGCAGAUGAUGAACUUAGUUUUCAACCGGGUGACCCACCACAGACAGUCUCGUCAGUGACAACUUCUCCGUCUAGCGAACCGCUGCAAAGCAUUGUGGAGGAAUCAGUGCCGAAAUCGGUUUCAGGAAGCGACGGCACUACAGCACCGGGUUAG